UGCGCGGCGGCGGCGGCUCCGCUCGGUUCCUGCUCGGGCCGGGGCAGCCUUCGCGGCGCGGCCGCCGAGGGGACGCUGCGUGACGAGUCCGCGCCCUACAGCCCCGGUGGCUGUUUUAAUGCAACAGUGUCAUUAGCUGGCUGAAGACUAAACAUGAGAAUAGCAGGUGCUGCAAAGUUGGUAGUAGUCAUAGCAAUAUUUUUAUUGACAUUUUAUGUCAUAUCUCAAGUGUUUGAAAUAAAAAUGGAUGCAAACUUAGGACACAUAUUUGCUAGAUCAGCAUUGGAUGCAGCUGCACGCUCUACAAAACCUCCAAGAUACAAGUGUGGGAUCUCCAAAUCUUGUCCAGAAAAGCAUUUUGCAUUCAAAAUGUCAAGUGGAGCAGCGAACGUAGUUGGACCUAAAAUUUGUGUAGAGGAUAAUGUUUUAAUGAGUGGAGUUAAAAAUAAUGUUGGCAGAGGAAUAAAUAUUGCCUUGGUCAAUGGUAAAACAGGAGAAUUAUUAGAUACUAAGUUUUUUGACAUGUGGGGAGGAGAUGUGGCACCACUUAUUGAAUUUCUGAAGACCAUCCAGGAUGGAACAAUUGUGUUAAUGGCAACGUAUGAUGAUGGUGCAACCAAGCUUAAUGAGGAAGCACGGAAACUGAUUGCUGAAUUAGGAAGCACAUCCAUUACUAACCUUGGCUUCAGAGACAACUGGGUCUUCUGUGGUGGAAAAGGAAUCAAGACCAAAAGUCCAUUUGAACAGCAUAUAAAGAAUAACAAGGACACAAACAAGUAUGAAGGCUGGCCAGAAGUUGUUGAGAUGGAAGGCUGUAUCCCUCAGAAGCAAGACUAAAUUAAAACAGAAGAAAAGGAGAAAGAAUAUGGAAGAAAAAGCACUUUCUGCUAUUAUGAGAGGGCUAUGAAGAAGACUGUACUGUAAAAAGUAUUUUUAAAGCAUGCAGCCAUCUUGUCAGUCUGUGCAUGAGCACUGACAUUUUGAAUAUUGAGAUUAUUUAUUGCUAAGACACAUAAAUUCUUUUUGUAAAUAUGUCCAAAAUAAAAGAAACAUCCAAUCAUUUCUAUGCAGGUUUCUUAAAAGCACAGUAUUUAGUUUGCCUGUGGUAAAUAAUACGUGUAGAUAACUGGCUAAUAAAUUGCAUAUGUGGACAAUAAACAGAUCAUGACAAAUGUACUGUCCUCUUAACAGUGCAAUGUUGCUGUGACUAUGUAAACUUGGUGGAAUAUUGUAGAUUUUAGUAAUACAUUAAUAAGGAGCUUUAACUUUUGUUAUCCUCUGCCUUUUUAAUGGCAGCAUCAAUUUUUAUUAAAACUAUUUGGUUGCUCUAAUGCCAAGUGCUUAAAAAAUUUAUUUUGUAGUCCCCUAUCAAAAUGGAAUAAUCAGCAAAGGAAGACUACAUGAUAGUAUAAAACAGAUAUGCCAUGAAAAGCACAAGAGAAAUUUUUUUUCUAUCUUUAGGGGAUGAACUAAGGUAAAUAUAAAUAGUAUGUGUGAUUGUACUUGAAAGCGUUUACUUAAUAGAAGGGCCUGGCAUGUUCAGCAGCAGUACUGUGGCUAAUUUUUUAUUUUUUAUUGCAGCUUUUGUACUGCUGCUUAACCAUUGAUUCUCCAUUGUGGCUGUUCAGCUGCAGUGGCUGGUCACGCAGUGAAUGUGCAUAAUGGAAGAGCUUCCUCUUUUAGUUCUAACAUCAGGAAUGAAUUUCCCAUCACAAAGAGACUCUUAGAAGGCAUACUGCCUUCUAGUGAGAGUUUCAGGGUACACAGUUGUGCACCUUUACCGUAUACAGUACUUCUCACAAGCUGAGGCAAUCUCUUCCUCAGUAGAAUGUCAGAGGGAGCAUUGUGUCUUGGGUUAUGCAAUGUGUGACUUGUAAACUUAACUGAUGAUGUUUCCUUCAUCCUUUUUUUAAUGAAAAAAAAGAAGGACCAAGUUUAAGUGGCCUUAUUCUUUAGCUUAUAUUAGAGCUGUGUGAAGACCUUGCUUUCUUUCUAAACCUAUAUUUCUUUUAAGUAGGGCCAGCUUGAACUUUUCCUGAAACUAUGUUUCAGGAACUGAGUCCAUAUUCACAAAAUUAGGGCUGGCACGGGACUGGCUGUAAUCUCUUGGAGCUUUGUGUCAAAUUCUGGUAUGUUCCUCAAAAACUUCCAGCUAGUACUAUGAGGCAAAAGCCACAAAGGAUUUUUCAGGAACUCACAGUGAGUUUAACAUAGAGGCAUUAGAAAUAGUAUUAUUGUUGAUGUUUUCUGAGUCAAAUUCUGUGCACUAAAAAUUUCAAGCAAUAUUGAGUAUUGCCUUAUAAGGAAAAUAGAUAAUCUCUGAUACCAGA